AAUAAAAAAAAUAAUUAUAAAAAACAUUAAAAAUAACAAAAAAAUUAAGCAAAUUAAUAAAACAUAAAUACCUAAAUGUAAAACGUUGAAGAUAAUUAAUAAUCAAUAAAUAAUUUGAAAGAAAAAGCAGAAGCUGCAAGAGCUUAUAUUGAAAAAAAAUAUUCUAAACUUAAAGUAUAAGAGAAAGAAAGAAAAGAACAUUGGGAUGUAAUUAAAGAUAAAAUAAAAGAGUUAAAUUUAAAUGAGUAGUAAGAAUAGCAAAUAACUGAAGAUAUAAAAUAAUAAGAAGCUUAAAAUAUGAGAAAAAUGAGAUAAAAAAUGACUGCUUAAGAUUUCGAACCUCUUACUAUAAUAGGAAAAGGUGCUUUUGGUGAAGUUAGGAUUUGUAAAUCUAAAAUAACUGGAGAAGUAGUAGCCAUUAAAAAGAUGAAAAAAAACGAGAUGGUAUACAAAAAUUAAGUUGGGCAUGUAAGAGCUGAAAGAGACGUUCUUGUAUCUGCAAACAUAGAAAGUAUAGUUGAAUUGAGGUACAGUUUUUAGGACGAUAAAUAUCUAUAUUUAGUAAUGGAAUUUUUAUAAGGAGGUGAUUUAAUGACUUUAUUAAUGGAAAAAGAUGUUUUGAAAGAAGUAGAAGCGAAAUUUUACAUAGCAGAAAUAGUUUUAGCCGUCGAAGCAGUACAUUAAAUGAAUUAUAUUCAUAGAGAUUUAAAGCCUGAUAAUAUAUUAUUAACAAAAGAAGGACAUAUAAAAUUAAGUGAUUUUGGAUUAUGUAAAGAAGCUGAUAUUAAUUAAUAAAAAGGAAUCAAAUAACUUGGAGAAUAAUAAAUAUCUUUAAAAGAAAGUUAAAUAUUAACCAAUUUACAUGAAAUUAAUAGAAUUAAAUUUAACAGAAACAGAAAAUAUUUAUAUUCUACUGUUGGUACACCUGAUUAUAUUGCCCCUGAAGUUUUUGGCAAUUAAGGCUAUACAGAAACUGUUGAUUGGUGGUCUGUAGGAGUUAUUCUUUACGAAAUGUUAGUUGGUUAUCCACCUUUUUAUUCAGAUGAUCCUACUACUACUUGUAAAAAAAUUAUUUAGUGGAAAAAAUAUUUGGUUAUACCUGAAGAGUCUAAUCUUUCGAUUUAAGCAAAAGAUCUUAUAAGAAGAUUAUUAUGUGAUCCUACAGAAAGAUUAGGCCUAAAUGGAGUUACUGAAAUAAAAAUUCAUCCUUUUUUUUAAGGUGUUGAUUGGAAAAAUAUUAGAAAUUAAAAAUCUCCUUUUAUUCCAAAUAUUAAAAGUGAUAUUGAUGAUUCAAGAUUUGAAAAUAUUAGGAAGAAGAGCCUUGGGAUUAUGAAAAUUUAUAAAAAAUAAAGAGAGUGA